AUGUCGAAUGCACAAACUGGUCAAGAAGAUUAUAGUGAAAAUGAAAGUAGAACUAUAGAAACACCUGUUAAUGAAAAGGAAAAAGACACUGGUUUGACAAGUAUUGAGGGUGAGGAAGGAGAUGAACCGAGAGCAAAGAGACAGAAAUCUGCGGUUUGGGAUCAUUUUGACAAGCUUCCUUUAAGCCAGACAAAUGGGCAACUUCGAGCAAAGUGCAAGUAUUGUCCAACAACAAUUGCUUGUCACUCUUCAUAUGGGACAAGUGGAUUAAAAAAACAUAUAGAGAGUUGUGUCUUAAAUCCAAACCGAAUUAAUAAGAAGACACAAUCUUUGUUGUCAAGCUCUCAAUUAGGUUCUUCUAAAACAUUGAGUCAUCAUGUAUUCAAUCAAGAAGAAUGUAGAAAAGGUGUUGCAUUAUUUGUUAUAUUGGAUGAAAUGCCUUUUCGAGUUGUGGAAGGUGAUGGGUUUAAAGAAAUGAUGACUAGGAUAGAACCCCGUUUUCAAGUCCCAUCAAGAGCGACUGUCACUAGGGAUUGUUUGGGUUUGUAUCUUGAAGAAGCGAGGAAGUUGAAAAUGUAUUUUAAAAGAACCAAAAUUGAUGAGGAAUGGAUAUAUCAAAAGAGAAUCUUGAAUUUUUGUGUAGUUGAAAAUCAUAGGGGUGAUACAAUUGCAUCAGAAAUAGAGAAAUGUUUAUUAGCUUGGGGCAUUGAGAAAGUGUUUACUAUCACAGUUGAUAAUGCGUCUUCAAAUGAUAAUGCAGUGGCAAAAUUAAAAGAUGUUUUGAGCCAUUGGAAUGGUUUGGUAUUUAAUGGGGACUUCUUGCACUUGAGGUGUUGUGCACAUAUUUUGAAUUUAAUUGUUUGUGAUGGUGUGAAGGACAUGCACAAAUCUAUUGAAGGCAUUCGCAAUGCCAUUAAAUAUGUGAGGUCUUCUCCAGGAAGGUUGCUUAAAUUCAAAGAGCUUGUUGAGAAAAUGAAAAUUGACUCUAAGAGCCUCCUAACCAUGGAUUGUCCAACUAGGUGGAAUUCAACUUACAUCAUGUUGGAGAAUGCUAUUAAAUUCAGUAGCGUCUUUGAAAGAAUGGAGAAAGAGGAUAAUGAUUACACAAACUAUUUUGUGGAGAAAACAUUAAUUGGUCCUCCUGAUGCUUCCAAUUGGAAAGAUGCUAAAGAAUUUGUUGUCUUUUUAAAAGUGUUCUAUGACAUCACUUUGCAAUUUUCAGGAUCACUUUAUGUUACCUCAAAUGUAUGCUUUCAACAUAUAGCUGAUGUGUUUGUUAUCCUGCAUACAAGGGCAAAUAAUCCUAAUUUUCUGGUGUCUGAUAUGGCUAAGAGGAUGAAAGUUAAGUAUGAAAAGUAUUGGGGAAAGUUGGAGAAUCUCAAUCCUUUGUUGGUAAUAGCAAUGGUUCUUGACCCUAGGUAUAAAAUGAAGUUUUUGAAGCUUGCUUUUCAUGAGAUGUUCCCUGAUUCUACACAACGUGAAGCCAUGACAAAUAGAGUCACAAAUGCCUUGUAUUGUUUGUAUGACUUCUAUUUAAGUGGGCAUGAAACAAACACAUCUGAAUCUCAAAAUCAAAGUCAGACACAAGCAUCAAGUGAACCUGCUGGCUUAAGUCAACUUCAGAUGGCAAUGUUGGAAUCUAGGCCUCUACUGCAACUAUUUGUUGCCCAAAACGAGGUUGAAGUUGAAACAGAUAAAUAUGCAGAAGUGGAGAGGUAUUUUCAAGCUAAGUUAGUUGAUGUUCUUCAUCCUAACUUUGAUAUUUUGGCAUGGUGGAAAGUGAAUAGUUCUAAAUACAAAAUCCUUUCAUUGAUUGCACGUGAUGUCUUGGCCAUGCCUGUAUCCACUGUAUCUUCAGAAUCUGCAUUUAAAUUGGUUAUCUCCAUCUACAUUAAAAGUAAAGGGAUUUGA